ACUUUUUAUCAGAUUUUGGUCUUUUCUUCCCCUCUUGCUCUCCCACCCCACCCCACCUCAAUAUAUACAUGUAUCUAUAUAUUAAAUCCACUUUAACUCUUCUGCUAUCUUUCUUGUCUUCUCUCACCUGACUCCUUUAUAGUUUUCCAAUAUCUGUUUUCUUGUUUUUGUGUUUCUAUUGUGGUGAGUUCUUUUUUAGGCUUUUGGACAUUUGGAUCAGACUUCAGACCUCAGAUAUAAGCUUCAAACCGUCAUCAUCCCUUUAAGUUUAGUACAGCAAUUCCACCGCUGUUUCUAUUUUCAUGUUUGCUAGUUGAAACACUUUCUCUCAGAAGGAUUCUAUGUGUUUUUGCUGUUGUUUUCACCUUAACUUGAACAAAGCCAAAAACACUUCCACUUCCACCAGUGUUGCUUCUUUUCCUUCUGUGGGAAAGAUUGCAUCUUUCUUGUGUUUCUUGGUUGUGAUCUCAGCUGUUUUGAUGACCCAGAACUGGGUUUUGGCAGAAACAAACAAAGAGAAAUAGACAAAGCAGAAAAAGAAAAGGAAGAGUUUUGGGCUUGAGUUGACAGUUGAUUGAUAGUGAUUUUUGGUUUGCAUCUGAGAAGGGGCUGCUGCUGCUGCAUUCUUGGAAUUUUUGUUCAGCAAAAUGUGUACAGAAAAGAGAGAUUCAAUGAUAAAAGAGACUCUCAGGAGUCUUUGCUGCAGUAAUGGAUGGUGUUAUGGAAUUUUCUGGGGUUUCGAUCAAAGAAAUUCCUUAUUGUUGACAUUAAAAGAUGACUACUAUGAAGAACAAAUGGGAGCUCUGAUUGAUAGUAUGCUUCUACAAGUACAUGUUUUUGGAGGAGGGGUAAUUGGCCAAGCUGCAUUUACAAAAAAACACCACUGGAUGUAUUCAGAUGCCUAUCAAGAAAGGCAAAAUUCCUUGGGAUCAUUUGAAAGUCUUGAGGUUUUGCAGGAUGAUUCUGAGUUCUACUGCCAAUUCUCUGUUGGUAUAAAGACUAUUGCUUUGAUCUCAGUCGAACCCUGGGGAGUUGUGCAACUUGGAUCCACUCAAAAGAUUCCUGAAACGAAAGACUUUAUUGAUCAAGUGAAAGAACUUUUCAGAGAAAUGGAUACACGUCAAGAAAUUAAGUUCUGUGAAAAUGGAACUGCUUCAGAGAGCCAAUGUUGUGAUCCAAGCAUGCAGUUUAAUUCAUUAUUAUCAUGCAGCGUUUCCCAAUCAGUGAAUGAAAACAUGAAACGUGGUGUAGAAGAUGAAGGUUUCAUGGAAGCAAAUCGUUCUUUAGUCCUCCCAUCUCAAUCAUUUCAUUCUGACUGUCAGAGCAGAAACUCGCUCUUUACUGCAUCUGGUCUAAUUGAGAACUCGAUUCAAGUCAGCAGCAAGGCAACCAGUCAAUUAGACCAGUUGCUUUCAGAGUCUGGAAAUUUCUUUGAUUUCUCUGCCACCCAAGCACUUAGCAAUCACAGCGAUAGUUCAGUUCUGACUUCAUCUUGGCUCGAUUCGACAUCUGCUCUCAACGAAAAUGUGUCUCUUCCAAAACCAAGAACUUACAUAUCUUGCAAAAAUUCGAGUUCAAAUGCUCCCGUGAACCCGGCAUUCGCUUCGUUGCAGGCCCCGCAAUUCUCCAAUGACACUCAAAGUUUUAGUUCAUUGCUCGAUCCAAUUGAGUGUAAAGCUAAAAGACCAUCGUCUGGCUUAUUAACUUUGGAGGAGUUAAUCCGGGAAAACUAUUUUGCUGAGACCAUGUCCAAGUCUGGCCUAAUGGCUGAUCUCUCACAGUGGUUUUCUCCUCAACCGGGUUCAAGUGGUACCCCAUUAACUACUCUACUUUGUUGUGAUUUAUCCCAUGUUACGGGCCUCGUUCCAGCAUCCGGUUUGAGUGGAAAUAACUCUGCCAUCCACAUAUCAGAUAAUCUUCCAGCCAAUUCAAUACAAAGUUCAGUGACAGAUGCCUUCAUUUCUAAUCAUGAAGUUAAAGCUUCCAACAUGUUUGGGAUUGACAAGCCGUUUAAUAGUCUGGGAGUUGAGUCCGGAUGUAAAAAGCCACUCGGGUGGAAUGAACCUCUAAUCCCAGUUGUGAAUGGUAAUGACUUGAGUUUCUGUACAGAUGUCUCCAGUUGCAUCUCGGAGAAGUAUGUUGGCUCCAAUAUUCGCAGCUCAAACAGCUUAUUCUCCAAAUUAGGACUUGACCAGCUUUUAGAUGGUAUUUCAAGUGGUAGCUCUUCUUCUUUUGCGAAAUCCAGAUUUGACGGUCAAUAUUCCAAAAGAAGAAAAAUUGACAACUAUUCGUGGAGUCACGACGACGUGAAAACUCAAGGUAUUCCGAGCUUUGAUGGUAAAAUGAAAUUGAUGGAUCCUGUAUAUGGCCCGUCAACAAGUAACACUGAGCUCAAUACUGAAGCGUCCAAAAAGAUACCAGGUGCGUGUAUUAGCGAUAACCGUACAACGAGUGCUGGAAACACUAUAUCAUCAAAGGGGCAAGACGAACCUUCAAAAACUGGGAAGAAGAAGGCCAAACCAGGGACCAGGCCAAGGCCAAAAGAUCGGCAGAUGAUCCAAGAUCGGCUUGCAGAGUUGAGGGAGCUCAUUCCUAAUGGAGAGAAGAUGAGCAUCGACCGUCUGUUGGAACGAACCAUUAGACACUUGAACUUCAUGCAGAGUCUCACAAAACAUGCUGAGAGCCUGAAACAAAUUGACAAACUAAAGAGUGGGGAGGCCCCGAAGAAACAUGCUAGCGAUGAUGGUGGGGGAGCUACAUGGGCAGUUGAAGAUCAAACUAUGUUUUGUCCACUCAUGGUUGAGGACCUUAGGACCCCUGGUCAAAUGCUUAUAGAGAUCCUCUGUGAAGAACAGGGUUUCUUUCUAGAGAUCAUAGAUGUAAUUCGAGGUUUUGGCUUGACUAUACUCAAGGGAGUGAUGGAGGUUCGUGAAACGAAUAUAUGGGGUAACUUCAUUGUGGAGAGUGAUAAGGGGACUCGGCCCGUAACACGGCACGAAAUUUUUUCCUCCCUCAUUCAGCUCUUGCAGAUGACUGGACAAGAUGCAACCCAUGCAAGUGAUGGUAUUGCUAACACAAUUGGCACAGCCGUGCCUUUGUUCAACAAUUGUCAACAGGCCGUUCCGUUUCCUGUCAACUUGGCCGAUACUCUUCAAUGUGCAAACUUGUGACGACGUUCCCAAGUGACAUUCCAAUGGUUUUGCGGUGGGCCGUGUUGUAGUUGAUGCCUGAAGAAGAUGCUGAGCUAGUUGGGUAGGUAAAUAUAUACUGACUUGUGAUAGGGCUUGCGUGUGAUUAUAUGUAAGCAUGGAAGAGCAUUUGUAACAGGAGAGAGUUGUGUUUUCCUUCAUUGUUCGUUUGGCGGUAGGUUCAUUUGUUGAAGUUGACAAAUCAACUAGUUUAUAGACUAACUUCUGAAUUGGCAGUUUUCUGUUUUUGCAUCUAUAUUACCUAUAAAAUUAUACGUAAAUUGAUUGUAUCCGGUCUUUGUUUUCUCGAUAUCCAUGGUACGAAUCCCGUCUGUACCCACUCUCUAUGCUACAUUCGAUGCUUUGUGUACUGAGUGCAAUAUGAAUUUAA